ACCCCUAUUAUAAUAAUCGUUUGUGUGCCACUGCUUAAACUAAUACUUUUGAUAAGAAUUUCUGGAAACCCGUUUUGUAAAAUAAUCAAGUUUAAGAUGCCAAAUUAUAAAUACACGAAAAACGCAAAACAAAAAUUGUCGCUUAACUAAUACAAAUUGAAUUACAGAUAAUGACGAGCUAAAUACGCCGACCACUGUGGAUUCACUCUCAGUAUUUGGAAAAUUGCUCUCCGUCAUCGUCGUCAAAAAUGGUCUCGAAAAUUAUAUUGCCGUUAAGUGUUUUGGUAUUGUGGUGUUCCUGCUUAGUGACAUGUGAAAAUGCAAUAAUAGAGGAUUGUGGAUCAGUGGAUGGAUCGAUAGUAAAAGUUGACGUAGCAGGUUGUGAAAACCUUGACCGAUGUCCAUUGAAAAAAGGCUUAAACGCAACUUUAACGGCAACAUUUACGUCAAAUGUUAACUCAAAUUCACUAAAAGCAGUAGUACAUGGACAAAUUGGACCAAUAAGCUCAAGGUUUAUUUUACCUAACCCAAAUGCUUGCACAUCAGGCGUGGCUUGUCCUAUAAAACCUAAUGAAUCAUAUACCUAUGUUCUCAAUAUUUUUGUGAAGUCUUCAUAUCCCAGGCUUAACGUUGGCAUCAAAUUUGAACUGCAAGAUGACCAGGGUAAAGAUGUUAUUUGUGCUCUAAUUCCAGCAAAAAUUGUAAAUAAAUCAUAUACAAAUUAG